AUGGUACUCGCUCCCACGAGAGAGCUAGUGAAACAGAUUCAUGACAUUUGCGCGUGGUUUGUCGACGACGAUCCCGCUACGUAUGAUUUGAGAGGCGGUGAGCUGUUGAGGGUGCACUCCUGUCACGGUAACACGUCGUUCAUCGAGGACCACACUUACCUACUGGACAAGAGGCCGCAGAUCGUCGUGUUCACGCCGGGGAGGUUCGUGGAGCACUACAUGCACCGGGAAACUGCCUACGACAAAACUUUGGAUUUCAUGACGCUUAAGUGGAUAAUCAUCGACGAAGUCGAUCUGCUGCUUUCCCAGAGCUUCUACAACUGGACUGCGGCUGUCGUGGCCAUAUCGAAGCAGUGCCAAAUGCAGGACCAGAGUGCUUCGGAGAAUGCGUUUACGCGGCACAGGCCGCAAAAGAUUCUUGUGUCUGCCACCAUCCCCAGCAAAUCCGCAGAAAUCGACCUGCUGCAACUGCACAGGCCGCUGUUGCUGAAGGGCGCAGAAACGCUCUUCAGUUUGCCACCAAAUCUCACGCAAAAGUUCAUGAAGACCACUAGGAGCAAGAAGGAGUUGGUGCUGGUCGCCCUGGUGCACUACCUGCUGAGCAACGCAGUGCCCGGGGAGAAGACCAUUGUGUUCUGCUCGUUUAAGGAAACGGCACACGCCACCGCGCGCUUGCUCGAAGUCUUCUCGCUAUACACGCAGUCGAACCUGAAGAUUUUGGAGCUUAGCGCCAGGCAGUCACAGAAGCAAAGGGAAACGGUGCUGCAGCGCUUCCAGGGCAACGACACUAUGUGCCUCGUGUGCUCUGACGUGGGUUCACGUGGCAUGAACUUCGCAAAUACGCGAAACAUCAUCAACUACGACUUUCCGAAAUCGGUCACUACGUAUGUCCACCGCAUCGGACGUACCGCACGCGCCAACGACAGCGGAACUUCUUAUGUCAUCAUUUCUGGCAAGGACGACGAAAAGUUCAGCGAAUUCAAAGCGGCGCUCAGGCUGGCUGACGAGGAAAUCGAGCAGGUGUCCCCUAGCGAUCUUUGGGACGACGAGCUUAAAGAGGUGCUGCAGGAAGUUAAACCGAUGGUUGACAAGUGCCUGGAACUGGAAGACUCCGGAAGCCUGGCGCAAGACGCGCCGUUGCCAUCGACGUGGAUGUCGCUGCUGAGACCAGCACCCGAAGAAACAACCUAG